AUGUCCUGGAUGUUGGCCAAGGCGCGUACAACCGCGCGCACCCACCCUGCAGCUUCGGCCGGUGAAGCCGUCAGCGAGUUCCAGCUGUGGCUGGCAGUCGAGGACAACCACAUUCGGGUCGCGAAGGAGCGUCCAGGCGCGCCGCGGCACAUCCAGCAAUACCUGGCAGAGCGUCGUACCUUUGGGGAUUUCUGGGGGCCCGAAAACGUUCAUCUGUUCCCAGGGCCACCUCCCGACCAUUCUUCAUCGGCCUCGAAUCCGCGCAAAGCCUCUGCCCUCCUUCAGAAGAGCCCUGUGCGUACAAGAUCCGUCUAUACGCAGAGAGAAGACGCCUACAGAGGACGCUCUCGGUCUCCUAAUCACUUCCGAUCUGCUGAUCGCUCCCGAUCUCCUGGUCCCUCCCGAUCUCGUGCUCGUGAACAAAGCAGACGCAGAGAUUUCAAGUCGCCCCCGACGGUUUCCAGAGCUUUGACUCGUGGUACAAGCCGCUAUAUUCCCUUCCGCGACCGCAUCGAUAGUUCUGGUACUUCUUGGAGGAUGCGAGCCGAAGCCAUGAGUGUCGGCCCACAGACCACGGCUCAAGCCGCUCGGUCCGGUGGUAUAUCCACCCACGUCCCCGCGCUUCAGAGCACGUCGCCGCCAACACCGCACCACGACCCGAGAACCGGCAAAAUCUACCCUGUUCUGAAGUUUUCGCACCCUCAAGCAUACACUAGACUCUCUGGACCUCAGGGCCAGGCCAUCGCCGAGAUGAGCAGAUACUUCCAUGCCUUGGUCAUUCGUCUCGAAAAGCCGACAUUGCAAUCUGGUCUGGGCAUUCCCAGCAGCGCCGUCCUGUGGCUCCGAGUCAAAAUCAGCGCCAAUCCGAAAGAUGAUGGGGUUCAGCGACAGAUUGAUGGCUGCCAGCGGGGUUUCGAGGCAUACCACAAACUCGACCAAGAGGGGAAGGAGCUACCCGGUAUCCUCGACUUUUACACGGCCAACCGCCACAUAUUCCAUCACAAAGGAUCUCUUCGGCGUGCGGAUACCAUUAAGGACAUGACACUUCGGAACAAGGCACUUUCGAGGCCUACAUAG